AGCCUAUAAAUAUUUAUGCUUCCUCUUUCUUAAAUUAAUUGGAUGCUUCCUUAAUAAAAUUUUUCUUCGUGUACACUAUCUAUGGCCUCCGUUGGAACCAUUAAAAUCUCCGAAGAGGGAGAUAUGAUCAUGUUUUGCAUUAGCUUUGGGACCAAGCUUGAUUUUAAAUCUUGUUUCUAAGGUCCCUAAGUAGCCGUGGUCUCGUCUAUAUAUUUGUGUACGUACUGCAGUUUUAUAAGAAGUAAAGAAACCCAAGUAUUCUCUCUUCAUUUCAUCUUCUCCAUAGCUGGAAAACACCAACAGCGUUUUAAACUUCCACAGAUUUCUUUCCUGUCCAAUUUUUCACAAGCAGGCUAUGGGCAAUGUCUUUCAGAUUCAAUGCGGUGAUGCUUUGGCUGGCCGCUGCUGGGAUUGCAUUGCUGGACAUUGGCAGUAUAUAUACAAGCUUGAAGAUAAUCUUGAGGCAUUGGAGACUACAAGAGAUCAAUUAAGAGACCUGAGGACUGAUGUGAUGCGGUUGAUCGUCAAUCAGGAAAGACCAGAAAUGGCGCAGAUGGAUCGAGUUGGAGGAUGGCUCUCGAGGGUGGAUGCUGCCAUUGUUAAAAUUAAUCAGCUGCUAAGCAAAGCUAUACAAGAAAGACAGAAGUUAAGUAUAGCAGGCUGUUGCUCCAAGAACUGCAAAUCCAGCUACACAUUUGGGAGAAGUGUUGCAAAAUGUCUGAAAACAGUGAUCGCUUUGAUGAAUGAAGGAGAUUUUAAAGAAGUGGUUAUGGCAGAACCAGCAAAUCAACUUCAAGCUAAUCUUGAAGCAUUGAGGACUGCAAGAGAGGAAUUAUACGCUUUAAAGGAGGAUGUCAUGCAGAGUGUAGCCUUGGAGGAAGGGCCAGAAAAGAUGUUGCUGCCACAAGUUCGCUUGUGGCUUUCAAUGGCAGAAUCGACCAUAACUGAGGCAGAUGAGCUCAUACCAGAUGGUCCACCAGAAAUUCAAAAAUUGAGUCAUGGAGAUAUUUCCAACUACAGGUUUGUCGGAAGGGUCGCCAAAAAAUUAGAUGAUGUAGCUGUUGUAAAGGCCAAAGGAGUUUUCAAAGAAUUGGUUAGAAGGAUACCUGCAGAACCAGAUUACAUAAGUCAGCUUCAAGUUGAUCUUCGAGCUUUGGAGUCUAUAAUGAAAGAAUUGAAGGCUUUAAAGGAGGGAGCGAUGAUGAGGAUCACCUCGGAGGAAGGGCCACAGAAGAAGCGGAAGCCACAAGUUCAACUGUGGCUCUCGAUGCUGGAAGCAAUAGUGACUGGAGCGGAGGAGAUGAUAAGAAAUGGUCCGCAAGAAAUUGAGAAAUUGCGUCGUAAAGACCCUUCCAGCUACGAAUUUGUGCGAAAGGUGGCCAAAGUGUUAGAAGAAGCAGUUGCUCUAAGAGACAAAGGAGAAUUCAAAGAGGUGGUUGAGAGGGUACUUCCAGACCCAGUAGCUGAAAGGAAUGAUAAACCAACAUUUGGCACGGAAACGAUGUUAGAUGAUAUUUGGAGAUGGCUCACACAAGAUGAACAACUGGGCACUGUUGGCAUAUAUGGUAUGGGGGGUGUUGGCAAAACUACUCUCUUAAACCAAAUCAACAACAGGUUUGCUAGUACAAUCAACAACAGGUUUGCUAGUACAACCCAUAAUUUUGAUGUUGUGAUUUGGGUGGUGGUGUCAAAAGAUUUGAAACCUGACAAGAUUCAAGAAGAAGAUUUGAAACCUGACAAGAUUCAAGAAGAUAUUUGGAAAAAGGUUGGCAUUUUUGAUGAGACGUGGGCAAAAAAAAUCCCCAGUGAGAAAGCAGAAGAUAUAUUUUAUAGGUUAAGCAGAACGAAGUUUGUAUUAUUUUUGGAUGACUUAUGGCAGAAGGUUGAUCUCAGAGACAUAGGGGUUCCUCUACAAAAAAAACAUGGGUCAAUGAUAGUAUUCACGACGCGUUUCUACAAAAUAUGCAGGCAAAUGGAAGCCCAAAAAAUUAUGAAAGUGGAGCCUCUGAAUCCAAGAGAAUCUUGGACCUUAUUCCAGGAGAAAGUUGGGGAUAUUCCUCCGAAUAUCCUUCCUCUAGCUAAAGAUGUUGUUAAGGAGUGUGGUGGAUUGCCACUGGCACUCAUCACAAUUGGCCAUGCCAUGGCUGGCAAAGAUGCACUCCAAGAAUGGGAACAUGCUCUCGAGGUCUUAAGAAGUUAUGCCUCAAGUUUACACGGAAUGGAAGAUGAGAUGGUGUUUCAAGAUAUGGAGGUUGAAGUAUUUGCAAUUUUGAAGUUUAGUUAUGAUAGUCUACACGGUGAUAAAGUUAAAUCUUGCUUCUUAUACUGUUCCUUAUUCCCGGAGGACUUCGAAAUUCUCAAGGAUGAUUUGGUACAUUAUUGGAUUUCUGAAAAUUUUUGUGCUCGAAAUGAAGGAUACGCUAUAAUUGGUUCACUCGUUCGAGUAUGCCUAUUGGAAGAAAAUGGAAAAUAUGUAAAAAUGCAUGAUGUGAUUCGUGACAUGGCUUUGUGGAUAGCAUGUAAAUAUGAAAAAGACAAGGAGAAAUUUUUCGUGCAAUGGAAAUUUUUCGUGCAAGUGGGUGCCCAAUUAACAAAAUUUCCAGCGGUCGAAGAAUGGGAAGGAUCAAAAAGAGUGUCGUUGAUGGCAAACUCCUUUAAAAGUAUCCGAGAAGUUCCUAGAUGCGGGGAUCUUUCGACUUUAUUCCUUGGUCAUAAUUCGUUUUUGAAGGAGAUCAGUAGUGAUUUCUUCCAGUAUAUGAAUUCGCUCAUGGUUCUUGAUCUAUCAGGUACAUGUAUAAUGAUAUUGACUGAGGGAAUUUCAAAAUUAACCUCAUUGCAAUAUCUUAAUCUGCGUAGUACAAGGAUAAGGCGGUUACCAGUUGGGUUGAAGUUUUUGCAAAAGCUGAAAUAUUUGAACUUGGGGCAUAAUGAGUUUCUAAAAUUUAUUCCAAGGGGAGUCAUAUCUUGUCUGUCAUCGUCGCUGCAAAUUUUGAUAAUGUGCCCAACCGGUGCUUUUAUGUAUGAAAACUCGGUAAGUAACUUAUUGGGUGAAGGCAAUACGCUAAUAGAGGAGCUCCAGUGUCUUGAAAAUUUGAAUGAACUGAGCCUCACAAUAGAAAGUGUCUCUAUGCUUCAGUUGUUUUCCAGCACCCAGACAUUACUCAACUGUACUCGAUCUCUACAGCUUUCAAGGUUCUUUUCUCAAAGAUCUCUUGGUGUUUCUUCAUUAGCAAAUUUUAGGAACCUAGAGACCCUGUACAUAUUUUUUACUUGUGAUUUAGAAGAGUUGAUCGUGGAUGUUAUGGUUGGUGAGAGUUCUACACAUCAUCAUACUAUCAGCAACUCAAUGGUCUCAGCUCCAGUAUGCUUCAAUAGCCUCCGGGAAGUGAAUGUAUCGGGUAACGUUCAUCUGCGAGAGCUGACAUGGGUUGUUCUAAUCCCAAAUUUGGAAAUUUUGAUAGUGAAAUUCAAUGAGCAUAUGAAAGAAAUUGUAAGUGCUGAAAAGUUAAGUGAGCUUCAAGUUGGGAGUGAAAACAUGAACCUAUUUUCAAAACUCCAAGUUCUUGAAUUGUUUACCAGAACUGAAUGCAUAAUAUAG